UCCUCACAGAGUCGGACAAGAGAUAAAGUUGACAGAAUGCCGAAGUCAAAGGAGCUGGUUUCUUCAAGUGCAUCUGGAAGUGAUUCCGAUAGUGAAGUUGACCAAACGCCUAAAAGAAAAAGCCAGCCUCCUCCAGAGAAAGAAAACCCUGCGAAGAAACAAAAAACAGGACAAAGUUCCAAAGGAGCUGCAUCAUCCAAGCAAAGUAGUAGCAACAGAGAUGAUAACAUGUUCCAGAUUGGAAAAAUGAGGUACGUCAAUGUUAGAGACUUUAAAGGAAAAGUCCUGAUUGACAUCAGAGAAUAUUGGAUGAACCAAGAUGGGGAGAUGAAGCCAGGCAAGAAAGGUAUAUCUUUAAAUCCUGAGCAAUGGAACCAGCUGAAGGAGCAGAUAUCUGAUGUCGAUGAUGCAAUACAAAAACUGCAAUAA